AAUUUUCGUGCGUUUCGGCGAUGCCAACGUUCUCAGCGAAGGUUACAUAGUUGGCUGUGCGGUCAUACAAAAUACAUAUGUGCAUGUUACUUGUAUAAUCAUUAGCAUUAGACACGGCAGACAUCAGUGGGCAACGAGAGCUGGACGCGGGCACUAUACCGGGUAGAGUGUGACAAAAACAACAAAACCGCCUCGCAUAAUCACUCGCUCACAGCUGAUUAGUCUCUAAGCAAAACAAAGUGCUUACUUUUGAUAAGAAAUAUCACAGAAAUAGUUUGUCUGAUCAGAUCUUGCGUACAACAACAAAAUGACAUCUUUGACUUUGUUGAGCCUUCCAACACGCACCAUCAACAAUGCACAGUGGCGUUGUUCAUCAACUGUACUUAUCAAAUCUCUACGUAAAAAUGAUGCAGAAAACACGUCUAACCUGUUGACCACAGCGGUAUCAACCAGAAAGUUCAAUAGCUUAAGUGCAAGCGGUAAAAUGCCUGGUGAAAAACAAAAUCAGUUGACAACUGUGGCUGCAGCGGCGGAAAAUGCCUAUUUUGAUAACCGUCGCACAUCACACAAAAAAAUGUCGUCUGCUCAGCAACCCAAUUUGGUGGCGGUCGCCGAGUCUAAGCGUUUCAUGACCGAUUGUUUCUUGGCCGUCAAUGUGCCGCGGGAUCAUGCCGAGGCCAUGGCUGAUCUGCUGGUUGGUGCCGAUUACCGUGGACACUUCAGUCACGGCAUGAAUCGUCUCGAAAUGUAUAUUAACGAUCUGGCGAUCAACUCGACUGAUGGCGCUGCCGUACCGGUGAUCCUGAAGGAGACUCCCUCCACCGCUUGGGUGGAUGGUCGCAACGGUUUGGGCGUAGUUGUCGGUAAUUACUGCAUGGAUUUGGCUAUUAAGAAAGCCAAAGCAGUUGGUGUCGGUUGGGUAUGCGCCAAGGGCUCGAAUCACUAUGGCAUUGCCUCAUGGUAUGUGUUGCGUGCCCUCAAAGAGGGUUUAAUGGGUAUGACUACGACAAACACAUCUCCGCUGAUGGCGCCAACACGCUCGAAGGAGGCUGCAUUGGGCACAAACCCGCUGUCAUUUGGUGCACCCGCUAAGGAUGACAAAUUCCUUUUGGAUAUGGCUACCACUGCCGUCGCGGUGGGCAAGAUCGAAAUUCAACGUCGCAAAGGCGCUCCCUUGCCCGAUGGUUGGGCGCAAGAUCCUUCCGGCAACCAAACCAAUGAUGCUGAACUGGCCUUCAGCACGGGCUGUUUAAUGCCACUCGGUGGUCAGGAAAUCUCGUCCGGUUACAAGGGUUAUGGUCUGGGUGCUAUGGUGGAUAUCCUUUCGGGUGUGUCGGCGGGCGCCAACUACUCGACGAAAGUGCGCAAAUGGACGCAUGCGGGCGCAAACACAGCGGCCGAUUUGGGUCAAGUGUUCAUUGCUGUGGAUCCCAAUUGCUUCGCGCCUGACUUUGAAGAUCGUCUAACUGACUUCAACAGUCGUCUGCGUGGCUGCGAACCGACUGACCCCUCCAAACCCGUCUUGGUCGCUGGUGACAAGGAAGACUUAAAUAUGAAAUCGGUGGACGAAGCUGGUGGCAUCCAGUACUUGGAAAAUCAACUAAAGACUUGUGCGGCUUUGGCCGAUCGCUUAAAAAUUAAACCAUUAAGCUUUAAUUAAGUAGCAAAUGACAAACCUACAUCUAUAUAACACGUCUUUAUUAACACUGUCUUUUAUAUACAUAUGUAUGUAUAUAUGUAUUUGGGUUUGCUGUAUAAUUUAAGCCGGUCUAACUGGCAACAAAUAGUAUGUACCGUUGUGUACAUAUUCAAAUGCUAACAUAUCCAUGAUGUGCCUAUUGAUUAUAAAAUUUAAGCUGUAAAUUAGUUUUUUUUGUUGUUAUUGCAUUUUUAAGCGCAUUUCACAUUUUCUCUUU